AUGCUCGCCGAGAAGAAUCGCCUGCACAAAGCCUACGCCGAAAAGACACAAAUUCUUCAGCGAUGGACAGAACACAUCCGAGGCGUCCUCACCCGUCCUUCCAUCAUCUCCGACGCCGCCAUCGCCCGUCUGCCUCAUGUGGUGACCAACGUCGAUGUAUACCUCUCGCUCUUUCUCCACGAAACCACCAGGGCCGUGCAGCAGCUCUCCAGCGGGAAAGCACCCGGAUCAAACGCAAUCCUUGCUGUGAUCUACAAGCAUGGUGACCCCCAACUCAUGGAUCAUCUGACCACAAUCUAGCAGGAGAUGUGGCGUCAAGGGGAAGUCCCGCGAGGUUUUAAGGAUGCCACAAUUGUCCAUCUCCAUAAGCGGAGAGGUAACCGCCAGUUCUGUGACAACCACCGAGGCAUCUCCUUGCUGAACAUCGCCGGGAAAGUCUUCGCUCGCAUCCUUCUCAACCGCCUGAACCACGAUCUGGGACAAGGUCUCCUACCGAAAAACAAGUGCGGUUUCCGCCGUUAUCGUGGGACCACGGACAUGAUCUUUGCCCCCCGUCAGGAGAUGCGGACUCAACUUUACUCUACCUUCUUGGAUCUGACGAAAGCCUUCGACACGGUGAAUCGCGAAGGAUUGUGGAAAAUCAUGCAGAAAUUCGGCUGUCCCAAACGAUUCACCCAGAUGGGGCGUCAGCCCCACGAUGGCAUGAUGGCACGCUUUACGGACAGUGGCGCUGUCUCAGAGGCAUUCGCGGUGACCAACGGAGUGACGCAAGUCUGCGUUCUCGUGCCUACCCUCUUCAGUCUCAUGCUGCUUGACGCCUACCUUGACGAACACCUAGAGAUCAGCAUCACUUACAGGACAGACGGCCACCUCCUUAACCACAGGCGGAUGCGCUUCCAGUCGCGUGUAUCCACAACCACCGUCCGUGAACUUAGUCGACAACUGCGCCCUCAACACCACCUCGGAAGGGGACAUGCAAAGGAGAAUGGACCUCUUCUCCGCCACCUGCAAUAA